GGGAUGUUGAUAUUUACAGGGUGGUGUUGUCUGUUUUUGAGCAUAUUGGUGUACUAUUUUGACUGUGUUUGGGGGCAGAGAAAAUUUUGAUUUGAAUGGGAAUUGAGAGGGGCAGGCGUUUGAUUGCGAGCUUUCUUUGCAGUUUCUUGAAUUGUAUGCAACUCAAUGAUUUUUCUUUCACGUGGACCAAAAUGUUUUUCAUUUUGUCCUUAGAAGGUCUCGUGAGGAUGAUGCUUUAACCCUCCCAAGGUAAGAGGAGUUGGAUUGAGGGGUGGGUGAAAUCAACCCCUUCCACGCUUCCAUUUGGCCAAAGGUCCCUUGGAGUUGCCCAAUCCAACUGUGAUGUUACACAAAAUCAUACAUGCUGUUUUACUUCAUGUAGUCUUAUGGAAUAUCUGUGUUUGAACGCAUGAUUCAAAAUAAAGCAUGUGCGGAACAAGGACACCGGUGCUUCGGACCACCCAAGUGGUAGGGAAUUGUGGUUGCAACCAGCCUCUUGGGUUCGAGCACGGGUGAGGAAGAUAUACUUGCAGAGAUUGCUGGGAAGUUGGGGGGAAUUUGAUCAUGAUGAUGAUGAUGAUUUCAUCCAUGAGAGGUAUUUCAAAAUACCUUUUAUGGAAAAGGAAAUCUUUGCCUUCAAUUUGCAUCACCAACUUUACUAAAUCAAACUGACAGUGUGGGGUGUAGAUUGAUCUUUUUCCCCCCUUCCAAUCCAGGGUACUUACAGUUAACAGUAAUGAUGGGGUGGAAGAGACAAUAAUGGAUUUGGGUCAAGCUGGUUCGUCAUGUUGGGCUCUCUUCUUCAUAUGAAUUUACGUAUUUUAUUUGGUAAAUUAUUCAUGUACUGUAACAAUUUUCUUCUCUACACUCGUAAACACGUGAGCUCGGUUUUCUAAAACACUAUUACGAUAAAUCUGAACCUUUAAUCAAGUCACACACGGCUCCAAUUUUUAAACUCUCUCUCAGAUAAAACAAGAAACUACCACUGUAUCUUUUUCUCUCUUGACACACUUCUGGUUCCUCUCUCUCUCUCUCUCUCUCUCUCUCUCUUCGAUGCUUGCAAUCCUCAUCGUUCCAUGGUGGUCCAAAACCCUAACCCUAACUGGAAUCCCAACGCUAACCCGCACUCGCCAUUUCCUCUGAAUCUUAAUGGAAUCAGAGAAACUACUGAUUACGCGAGAAAACCCUAGGGUCCCGUCCUUCGCGAGCAGCAACAAGGCCAUGCCCAAUGAGCUCGCACAGAAGCCCCUGACGCCAAUACUCGACCGGUUCAAGGCUCUACUCAAGCAGAGAGACGAUGAACUCAAGACCGCCGGUCAGGGAGAGGUGGCGCCGCCCCGCGCAGAGGAGGUCGUUCAGCUUUACGAGGUUGUACUUUCUGAACUCACCUUCAAUUCCAAGCCCAUCAUAACCGAUCUCACAAUCAUCGCCGGCGAGCUGCGCGACCACGGAGAGGGCAUUGCCGAUGCCAUUUGCGCUCGAAUUAUCGAGGUCCCAGUUGAACAGAAAUUGCCUUCAUUAUAUCUUUUAGACAGCAUUGUUAAGAACAUUGGCCGGGAAUAUGUUAGACACUUCUCUUCCCGUUUGCCAGAGGUUUUCUGCGAGGCAUACAGGCAAGUGCACCCUAACUUGUAUCCUGCCAUGCGGCACCUUUUUGGCACCUGGUCUACAGUUUUCCCACUCCCUGUACUUCGCAAGAUCGAGACCCAACUGCAGUUUUCUUCACCUGUUAACCAACAGUCUUCUUUAAGGGCUUCUGAGUCACCACGACCAACACAUGGCAUACAUGUUAAUCCAAAGUAUCUACGUCAACUGGAAAGUUCAACUACAGAUAAUCAUGUUCAGAAUGUGAGGGAAAGAUCAUCGGAUCUAAAAGUAUAUGGUCAAAAUCCUUCCAUUGUGUAUGAUGAGUUUGAUUUAGAUCAUUCAGAGGGCACAUCCUCACAGGUUGGAGCUCAAAGAUUUAACUCGGCCGGUGGUCUGAAUCGUCCAUCUAUGACCACUGGAGCAGAUGGUUCUCCGAGAAGGUUUGCUGAUGUGGCUUCUCCAGCUAAUUCUGUCUUUGACCAUGGACUUGCUAGAAUGAUUAGUCGAGAAAAUGAGACCAGUGAAUGGAGGAGAAAGCGCUACUCUGAUAACAACCAUAACAGGUUUGAAAUGUCUGCUGCAUACAACCUUAGCAAUGGGCAUGAUCGUCAGGGGCCCAGAGCUUUAAUAGAUGCAUACGGAAGUGACAAUAGUAACAGAAGUUCAAACAAUAAGCCUCUGCAGGUUGAAAGGCUAGAUGUAAAUGGCAUGGGAAAUAAAGUGUCUUCAAAAUCGUGGCAGAAUACUGAAGAGGAAGAGUUUGAUUGGGAAGAUAUGAGCCCCACUUUGACAGAUAGCCAUAGAAGUAAUGAUUUCUUGUCGUCAUCUGUUCUGCGUUUUGGAAAUGUUGGGUCUAGGCCUGGCUUUGGGAAGUCGAAUGCUUCUCUGUUGAAAUCUGAUAUUCCGGCAAAUCUUUCUGGUCAGGGUCUGCUCCCUCUGGUGGAUGAUACUUCCAUUACAGCUGAAGAUGCAGUUGUCUCCUCGUCUGGUCGUGGAUCAACAGGUUUGAUACCUGGGAUCCAAACUGAUCCAAGUCAGAUAUUGGGUUCUCGUUAUCCUCAGGAGACUUGGAACAGGUCUCAUCACUUUCCUCAGGCACCACAACCCUUCACUGCCGGAGGAAGAGGAAAGAAUUUGCAGGUGCCUAUUUCCGCUACUGGUGUAUCUUUGUCAGGUAAUGACAAGAUGGCUUCCCUGGUUGACAGGCUUCCUGAUGCUGAUCCAAAGUUAGUUAGGACCCCAGUUGUAGCAUCUAGAUUAGGAUCUGCUAGUCUGGACUCUGCUGUUCUUGGAGAUCGGUCGGCCACUGCAUCUUCAUCCUCGCUAGUAUGGCCUGUUGUAAAUGUUCAUAAAUCCCACCCAUUGCCUGUGCCCUCAAUUUAUCCACUACAGAAACAGGCGGGCAAUCAGAUUGAGCUGUUAAAUAGUGGCCCUGUGUUGAACCAGGGUCAGAAUAAAUCUUUGUAUACGCCUGAGCAGCAGUUUGAUGGUUUUGCAAACAAGGAGUUGAAUUUGGCAAAAGUGCCAGCAUUCCCUAAUCAUCUUGCUGCACUAAAUCAACGAAAUCAGUUGCAAUUAAGUUCUUUACAGUCACAAUUUCUUCCCUCUCAUGAAUCUCGAGAAAAUUUCCGUCCAUCUGCAGCUGUUCAGGUACCAGCUCCGAUGCGUGCACCAUCCUUUAACCAUGGGUAUAUGCCACAAGGCCAGAAUGCUCUACUGAAUACAGUUCAAUCAAAUCAAGUUCCCACCAUACAACCACCUCUGCAGAUCCAAAACAUCCCAACUUCUUUGCGUUUAGGGGGAGGAGCCUUGCCACCUCUUCCUCGAGGGCCCCCUCCACCUCAAAUGGUACCUGGCAGUCAGAGUGCUGGUCUUCCUGUUCCCAAUCAACCAGGCAGCGCAUUUUCUGGUCUGAUCUCCUCACUCAUGGCUCAAGGGUUAAUCUCGUUGACAAACCAACCUGAUAUACAGGAUUCCUUGGGACUCGAGUUUAAUAUGGACUUACUUAAGGGGCGUCACGAAUCUGCAAUAAGUGCUUUAUAUGCUGAUCUACCAAGACAGUGCACGACAUGUGGCCUUCGUUUCAAAUGCCAAGAAGCACACAGCAUGCACAUGGAUUGGCAUGUGACUAAAAACCGCAUGUCCAAGAACCGUAAGCAGAAACCUUCUCGCAAGUGGUUUGUAAAUACUAGCAUGUGGCUUAGUGGUGCAGAGGCUUUGGGAACUGAAGCAGUUCCUGGGUUUUUGCCCGCCGAGGCAGUGGUGGAAAAGAAGGAUGACGAGGAACUGGCUGUUCCCGCUGAUGAAGAUCAGAGUGCAUGUGCAUUAUGUGGUGAGCCAUUUGAUGAUUUCUAUAGUGAUGAAACGGAGGAAUGGAUGUACAAAGGGGCUGUCUACAUGAAUGCACCUGAUGGAUCAACAGCAAGCAUGGAUAGAUCUCAGUUAGGUCCAAUAGUGCAUGCUAAAUGCAGGUCAGAGUCCACUGUCGUGCCCCCUGAAGAUUUUGGACACGAUGAAGGGGGUGACAAUGAAGGGAGUAGUCAAAGAAAAAGGAUGCGGAGUUGACUUCAUUAGAUCAGCUUCUAGGUCUUCUGUAACCUAGUCUAAGUUUCUUCAUGGUAGCGGUAUGCUCUUACUUAUUUUUACAGUAGUAUUGGAGCUGUCAGAACCCUGGCUUCAUGCCAGAGUCAUGUACAUGUAUACUUGGGACUUGUACCAUGCACAUUAUCUUGCAGGAAAAGUUUUACAGAUUCACCCAGUCUUCUGUUUGUGGCUUUCUUCUUGUCUCUCACCUGUCAAAACAGAUACAAGUUACCAUGUCAACAAUCAAUUGUUACUUAACUUU